AUGUACGGCCAGCCAUCGACCAAAGGGGUGCCUGGAUAUUCGGACCGACAAAACACCAGUCUCCCGUUCGACAAAGCCGGGGUUCGGUGGGAGCCAUCAAGCAUCGUCGUCACCUUCUGCAUCAUCGUUCCUUACGCAUCAUCGUUCCCUAAGCCUACCACUCCAUUCGCCAUGGAAGCCGUGUAUGACCCAAACUCGCCUGUGAACUUGUUCAUGAAGAUCUUGCUCUCAGCUACAAUAUUUGCACGACCGAAGAGCACUCUUGACCCACCACCAAUGGUGCGGCACACGGUACAUGUCGACUUUACCAGUUGCUGGGAACAGCUUGAGACCAUCCGCGGUCUUGUCACUUCCAGCAACAGCCUCUUAUCACAGGCGGCCAGGCAAGGGGGCUCGCGGGACGCUAGGUGGCUCAAGACUCGGGCUUUCCAGAAACUAAUGAGAGCGCAGCAGCAUGCGGCGUCCCGCCUCACCGUCCACGCCCCUGAAUGCCCAAAAGGGUUGCGAGCAGAAGUGCCGGCUGCAAUAGCUAUAAUGUUUGAACGAUACCUGACAGCUAAGGGGAUGCCCCAAGAUACUUUCCUGAACCAUCUUACGGAGGCUCACUACAUCGAAUUCCGAGCAUUUUACGAGGCUGAUGGCAACGUAGCCGACCUUGUCGGGGACCAAAACGACAACAACUUGGUGCGGUCGCACGGCGAUACUAAAGAAGGAUUUCAGUACGCUGACGAAUGA